AUGGCUGGCACUACCAUGGCUGGCACUACCAUGGCUGGCACUACCAUGGCUGGCACUACCAUGGCUGGCACUACCAUGGCUGGCACUACCAUGGCUGGCACUACCAUGGCUGGCACUACCAUGGCUGGCACUACCAUGGCUGGCACUACCAUGGCUGGCACUACCAUGGCUGGCACUACCAUGGCUGGCACUACCAUGGCUGGCACUACCAUGGCUGGCACUACCAUGGCUGGCACUACCAUAGCUGGCGGCUGGCACUACCAUGGCUGGCACUACCAUGACUACCACUACCAUGACUGGCACUAUCAUAGCUACCAUAUGAUAGUAGGCUAUUUGAAUAAUAAAUAG